AGUGCCUUUUCUUCUGUGAAGUGCCGUAGGAAGGACGUGCCAGGUCACUGAGGCUAACCAAAAAGCUCAUCCAGUCAUAGCCUAUUCGAGGUGCAUGGGACCAUGCCUUGAUUGUAGCAAUCUCGACAGUGAGGUCCCCGGGGAAGAAAGUUGCCUGAGGUCACUCGGCACACAGGCCGAUUGCAGAGCCAGGCCUAGCGCUGCAGCCUCCUGACUCACACGGUAACCCUCCGCUGCCCCGCCUCCCAGUCCCCGCACGAGCCCUAAUAUAAGAAUCCGAGCUGGCUGGGCAAGCGUGGGUCGUCUGUCAGGCGACGUGCCCGUUCCAGCCGGGAAAAAGAGAUUGGCGUUUGUCUGAUCGUGCCCUCUUGGGGACCUUGCCGAAGCUCUUGAGGACUCCAGGGCCCAGUCUGGUGGCAGAAGGCCUGGUGGGGAGGAAGAGGGACGUCUGGGCAGAAUUCCACAACGCUUGGUGAGGUGGGAUGGGGGACCAAGCCCAGCUGACCACAGACCCCGUUUUCUUCCAGACGGAGGGAGAAGAAAGCAAGACCGACCCCCCCACUCCCGGGAGGAUGCAAUUCUUUGGCCGCCUGGUUAGCACAAUUAGCAAUGUCACCAACUUGUUUUCCAACCCAUUUCGGGUGAAAGAAGUGUCCAUGGCUGACUACAGAGCCUGUAUCCAGCUCAGGGAGGAAGGACAGUUGAUUUUGUUUAAGAACAGCACUCAUCGCACGUGGGACUGCCUGCUGGUGAACCCCAGAUCCCCGCAGAAUGGAUUCCGGCUCUUCCAGCUGGAGACGGAGCCCGAGGCUAUGGUGAACUUUCAGCAGUUUUCCUCAGUGCUGCCACCCUUUUAUGAGAGUUCAGCCCGGGUGUUGCAAGUGGACAUCCUGCAGCAGCUGACAGACUGCAUCCGAAGCCACCCCAGCUGGUCCAUGGCCCACGUGGCUGUGGAGCUGGGGAUCCGGGAAUGUUUUCACCACACUCGAGUCGUCAGUUGUGCCAACAGCACAGAGAAUGAGGAGGGGUGCACCCCCUUGCACCUGGCGUGCCGAAAGGGUGAUGGGGAGAGCUUGGUGGAGUUAGUCCAGUAUUGCCACGCCCGUAUGGAUGUCACAGACAACAACGGGGAGACCGCCUUCCAUUAUGCUGUGCAGGGGGACAAUCCGCAGGUGCUGCAGCUCCUGGGAAAGAACCCAUCGGCCGGCCUGAACCACGUCAGCAACCACGGCCAGACGCCGCUACACCUGGCCUGUCAGCUGGGCAAGCCGGACAUGGUCCGCGUGCUGCUGCUGUGUAAUGCCCGCUGCAACGUCGUGGGUCAGCACGGCUACGCCAUCCACACAGCCAUGAAAUUCUGCCAGCGCGGGUGUGCUGAGGUGAUCAUCAACAUGGACAACAGCCAGAUCCAGAGCAAGGACCCCCGAUAUGGAGGCAGCCCCCUCCACUGGGCCAAGAACGCAGAGAUGGCUCGGCUGCUGCUGAACCGGGGCUGUGAUGUGAACAUGGUGAGCAACUCAGGGGACACGGCCUUGCACAUCGCCGUGACGCGGGACCGCUUUGACUGCGUCAUGGUGAUGCUGACCUACGGCGCCAACGCCGGGGCCCGCGGAGAGCACAGCAACACACCGCUGCAUCUGGCCAUGAUGAAAGACAACAUCGAGAUGAUCAAAGCCCUCAUUGUGUUUGGUGCCGAGGUCGACACCCCCAAUGACUUUGGAGAGACUCCUGCCAUGAUUGCAUCAAGGGUUCACAAAGUCGUCACCAGGAAUUCGCUCUUGGCUCUGCUGAAAACCAUUGGAGCUGACCACCUCACGGCCCCCGGCGCACCCCUGGAGCUCUCCCAGCCUUCCACCUCCUCCCAGGACAGAGCGACGCCCCCGCGGAUGCCCCUGCGUGAGAUCGAGCUGCAGGACUUCGUCCACCUUUCUCGGUCCCGGAAGCCCAACUUCAUCCUGAGCUCCAUGAGGGACGAGCGGAGAACCCACGACCACCUGCUCUGUCUGGACGGAGGCGGAGUGAAGGGCCUCGUUCUCAUCCAGCUGCUCAUGGCCAUCGAGAAAGCCGCGGGCAUCCCCACCAAGGAUCUCUUCGACUGGGUGGCUGGGACCAGCACGGGCGGGAUCCUGGCUCUGGCCAUCCAGCACGGUAAGUCCAUGGCCUACAUGCGUGGCCUGUACUUCCGCAUGAAGGACGAGGUGUUCCGCGGCUCCAGGCCUUAUGAGUCAGCCCCACUGGAGGAGUUCCUGAAGAGGGAAUUCGGGGAGCACACCAAGAUGACAGACAUCAAGAGACCCAAGGUCAUGUUGACGGGGACCCUGUCUGACCGCCAGCCUGCUGAGCUUCACCUCUUCCGCAAUUACGAUGCCCCCGAGACCAGAAAUGAACCACGCUUUGCACAGAAUCCCAACUUGCCCCCCCUCACCCAGCCUCAAGACCAGCUGGUGUGGAGGGCAGCCCGCAGCAGUGGGGCGGCCCCCACCUACUUCCGCCCCAUCGGGCGCUUCCUUGAUGGAGGACUCUUGGCCAACAACCCAACACUGGAUGCCAUGACGGAGAUCCAUGAGUAUAACCAGGACAUGCUCCGCAAGGGCCAAGGUCACAAGGUGAAGAAGCUUUCCCUGGUGGUCUCCCUGGGCACCGGGAAGUCCCCGCAAGUACCUGUGAGCUGCGUGGAUGUCUUCCGCCCCAGCAACCCCUGGGAACUGGCCCGCACGGUCUUCGGAGCCAGGGAGCUGGGCAAAAUGGUGGUCGAUUGUUGCACAGACCCUGACGGGCGAGCUGUGGACCGGGCUCGCGCCUGGUGCGAGAUGGUUGACAUCCACUACUUCAGACUCAACCCCCAGCUGGGAACAGACAUCAUGCUGGAUGAGGUCAGCGACACGGUGCUGGUGAACGCCCUCUGGGAGACCGAGGUCUACAUCUAUGAACAGCGAGAUCAGUUACAGAAGCUGGUCCAGCAGCUUCUCACCCCCUGAGGCUGGCGGAGGGCGAGGGGGGCAUCGGUCCUGCCCCACCCCCACCCUGCUCCACCUCCCCUCAGAGACCUUGUGAGGAACGACGUCUGGGACCUCCCAAGUCGAGACCCCGACUUCCAGGAGGAAGACUGAGGGGCUCAGAGGGCGUGGCCAGCCCCAGACGAGCACCCAUCUGAAGGGGCAUCUUCUCCCACCCCACCUCUGAGGGCCUCAAGCGUGGAGCUCUCUCUUCUGGCCGUUACUGCCUUAAAGUGUUGACCAGAGUGACCAACAUCCUUAUGCCUUGUCUCCUCCUCCCUCCCCCUUGGCCUCCAUCAGGUGACAGACCCCCAGAGGACCAACCUCGUGCUACCUUCGCCUCCAGAGCCACUCUUGGCCCAGCUGGGCUCCUGGGCUGGGGACGUCCUGGCAAGAAAACUGGACAGGAGCCUACAGGAUUUGUUGUUAGGACCCUGGAUGGGGGGCCUGGGGAACUGGGGGGAGAGGAAAACUGGUGAAGACCGCAGAGACAGAUGUGGAAAUAAUCUGCCUUCUCUGCGGGGGGCCUGGGCUGGCGUGCCCCCUCCUCCUCUUGGCUCUCACUCCUAGGCUACAGAUUCCCAUAAGUCCCUAACUCCCCUUCACCUCCCCAAGGGAAAAUCCACUGACCCCAGGAAGGAGGAAGCUCUCCUGUCUCAGCCCAAGAGCUCUCAAAGUCCUUGUCUUGUUGGUUUUUCCGUUCUCUUCUCCCUCCCUCCCCUCGCUCCUCCAUUGGCUCAGUUCUUAAAUAACAGUUAAUUUAUUAUUUUGGACAAGGAAAUGAUAUAAGCUGCUCCUUGGGCCCUUGCUCUUGGUCCCCCCCCCAAGAAGAUGUGGGCAGGAACAGGGGUGCUAGGCUGCCACCAGCCUCCCUACCUCCAGUCCUCUUCAAGAGUGAAUCCUCAAACCAAAAUAAAUGACUUGGAUUGAACCUGC